GGGCAGGGAAUCCGCAGAGAGAGGAGUAAGAAAUGGAGAUAAUGACUGAAAAACAGAGAGAUAAGAGGUACUUCUGGAACAAUACACCUGAAAAAAGCGAUUAUGAGGCUGUAGAAGCCCUUAUUUCUAUGAGUUGCAACUGGAAAUCAGACUUCAAGAAACAUGCAGAAAUGAGACCUAUAACUCCUGCAUCUGACAUAUCAGAAGAAAGUGAUGAGGCUUUGCUUCCGGGAGCAGCAGACUUUAAUGCAAUACCAGCAUUUUGCCUGACCCCUCCCUACAGCCCUUCCGACUUUGAGAUGUCGCAGGUGAUCCAUCCACUUGCCAAGGCGCUGUCCGAGGCUGCCAAGCCUCCUCUGGCCACACCUCGGAGAGAAGCGGAGAGGUCUCCAGCAGCCAGGCCUCUGAAAGCUCAAGUGACAAGUGUUAUCCGCCACACGGCUGAUGCCCAGCUCUGUGACCACAAAACCUGCCCCGUGAGAACAGCCAGUGUGCUCAAAUACCAGGACAGCGCUUUGAGGGAAACAAAUGGGAAACAGAAUGCCAAAGAAGAGCACUCGGUGUGCUCUGCCGUGGCACCAAGCGGAGCCAGUGCUGAGACCAGCAAACUGUCGCUGGCAGAAGGAAGAACUGCAGGACCAGCUGUUGGUCCCGUGCCCUUGACAAGGCCCUCAGUGAGCAAGGAGGAGUCUGUCCCUGAACCAGCAGAGCAGCCAGCGGCCGCAGCACCACUGUCCCCUGCCCAAGGCAGCGGAGCCCCCCCUGUGCCAGUGAUUUGCCAGAUGGUCCCACUGCCCACAAACAACAAUGUUGUGACGGCUGUGGUGCCCAACAGCGCGCCAGGCCAGCAGCCGGCUCUCUGUCAGCCCAUGGUCUUCAUGGGCACCCAGGUUUCCAAAGGUGCCGUCAUGUUUGUUGUGCCCCAGCCAGUUGUGCAGGGCACAAAGGCUCCCAUUGUUAGUCCAAAUGGCACGAGACUCUCUCCCAUUGCCCCCGCUCCUGGCUUUGUACCUUCUACAGCAAAAUCCACUCCUCAGGCUGAUUCUUCAAGAAUAAGAAGUCACAUUUGCGGCUACCCAGGAUGUGGGAAAACGUACUUCAAGAGCUCCCAUUUGAAGGCUCAUGUCAGAACACACACAGGAGAAAAGCCAUUCAGUUGCAGUUGGAAAGGCUGUGAGAGGAGGUUUGCACGCUCUGAUGAACUGUCUCGCCACCGCAGAACGCACACCGGGGAGAAGAAGUUUGCCUGCCCGAUGUGUGAGCGGCGGUUCAUGCGGAGCGACCACCUCACAAAGCACGCGCGUCGCCACUUGUCGGCAAAGAAGUUACCGAACUGGCAAAUGGAAGUGAGCAAGCUCAACGAUGUUGCCGUGCCACCAACGCCUGCGACCGCCCAGUGAAAGGGCUUGCUCUGGAGACGGUGGAAUUAACUGCUGUUGCUGGGAUAGGCCGGCUGAAAAAAGGCUUUUUCUCCCGGUCUGUGGUUCUCCCGCAUUGGCUGCUGACAGCAGUACAGAGGCAAAGGCAGCUGCACUUAGUCACAAAAGAUGUUGCUGGGAGAACCAGUGGCUGACUGGAAUAGCGGGUGUCUUUUGCACUGGUGAGGAGAGAAAGGAAGUGAAGGCUCUAGAGCAGAGCAGCCACAUUGUGCCAGUUUUGAAUUUUGUGAAACACUUUUGUAUGCUCUAGAUCCAGUCCCAUGCAAGUGUUCCUGAGGGUUUGCUGCUCGUGUCUGAGACCAACUCCAAUUUUAGCUGUCAGUUGUCCGUCUUCAGUAGGUGCAGACAAGCAUAGCAGCAAUGUACAGGCACAGGCUUGAAAGCCCAGAACCCACCUGCGUGAGAUAAUCUAAAUCAGUUUUGCUACUUCUGCCACCUUUGCUUGGUAGGAAUCUCUUCCUCCUAACCAUUCUCCAGCCCCAUUAUAAUCAAUGAUUUGGUGCCAGACUCCUGGAGAUUUUAGGCACCUCCUCCUGCAUGGGGUGGUUAACGCACCCAGCUUUAUACUGCUGUGUCCAGAGGGGCUUGGGAUGGGCACGCGGGGGCACUGCAUGGGCAGUCGAAGGCAGGAAUGUUUCUGAAUCCUUAUUAGCUUUGUAAUGUUUUCCCAGCUGCUUUGGCAAGCUUUGUGAUUGUUACAGCUGGUUAUACCUGGGCAUCGCAUGAUGCUUCUGCUUUUGUGUUGCUUACGGUUUCCUUUCCACCUUCUCACUGCGCUGGUCAUGAGCAGAUAAUCGGGCACCUUGAAGAUAAACUUGGUAACUGUAAACUACUCUGGUUGAUUGAAGAAGAAAACCAAGACUCUUAGACUUCUUGAUUGAGUUAUUCAUUGAAAGGCGGUUUAUGCUAAAAUUGAAAUGGAUAUAUUAUGUAUUGUAUUAAAUUAGAAAAUUGUGAUUCAAAGAGGAAACAAGGCAACAAAGACACUGGCCUAGAAUUUAAACCAGCUUUCGUGACAAUGCAUCAAUUUUCAUUAUUUGUAUUUUAUCAUAUUAUGUUGAGGACACAUAUCAGAAAGUGAAUGGUUUGAAAAUAGUGUAUUAGAUCUGCUUUUUGUGACUACUUUAAAGAUUUGCACAUUUCUUACGUUGUACUUUAUACUUUGUUUACAAUAAACCAAUUUUCUGUAAUACUGAA